CUGAACAUCGAAUGCCAUGCCAACAUUGGCUCCGCGAGCAAAAUGGAAAUUUCGAAUUUUCUACACACUAAUUUUCUUUUAUCUUCUCUACAGAGUGCUCAAGUUUUUGAAUGUUUUAUUGCUUAACAACAGCCUCGGCUCCCCACUGGAUUUCAGCGAUUUAAUGGUUGAAAAGGAUGCGAAGACGGUUCUCGAAGAAUUUAUAAAAUUCAAAUCCAACGAUAUUCCAUUCGACUUUCACAAGAUUGCCAUGGAAAACGAACAAUUAUUACAGGCUCAACGCAAGAAUUUUAUUCGGAGUUCUUCUUCAUUUGACGGGUUUAUUAAAAAAUAAAGAUUUUAUGGCGAAAA